UUACAUGAAUGUGGGCUAUCAGAGUGUAAAUUAGCAUUUUCUUGAACGCAGCGCGGUUGGGUUAUGCACAACGUUUGACAGAUCAUUGUAAACUAGGGAAGUAGUGCGCGCAUAGGCGACAUGAAGGUAUUAGUAGUCUCAUUUUCAAAAUGUGGAACAAAGACCUUAGCUUCAGCACUUCGCACUCUAGGUUAUUCAGUCUAUGAUUUCGAAGAAAAUCAAAAUUAUCUUAGAGAGGAAUGGAUAAAAAUAAUGACCGAAGGAGGGACGAAAGAAGAUUUUUAUCGAAUGUAUAAAGACGUUGAUGCUGCUACAGACAUCCCUGCAUGUCUUUUCUGGGAAGAAAUCUCUGAAGCGUUCCCCGACGUUAAGCUUAUUUUCACAUGUCGCAAUAAUGAAGAUGAAUGGUUGAAAAGUUAUCAAAUACAGAUGAAGGCUAUUGCAGAUGAUCACUAUGUUGCCACGUGGCCGUUUCUCUCAUGGACAGCUUACAAAAAUUUCCGAUUCUGCCACCAUGCAGGCCGCGUCGCGUUCUGUUGCCCUCCACAAAGAAUAAAUCAAACUUUCCAGGGUGCAAGUCCAACUGUUGCGAAAAAGAGAUACAGAGAUCACAACACCAGUGUUUUACAGAGAGCACCGAAGGACCGCCUUUUAAAAAUGAAAUUGUCGGAUGGAUGGGAACCUUUGUGCAAAUUUCUUGAAAAGCCUAUUCCAAGCGAGCAAUUUCCACAUAAAAAUAUAAAGGAUCCCACUGUUCUACAUGUAGUACUAGUAGCUAAUUUAGCUCAGUUGAUCACUCUGUGUUAUUCUGUUUAUGAUUUUGAAGAAAAUCAAAAUUAUCUUAAAGAGGAUUGGAUAAAAAUAAUGACCGAAGGAGGGACGAAGGAAGACUUUUAUCGAAUGUAUGAAGACAUCGAUGCUGCUGCAGACAUCCCUGCUUGUCUUUUCUGGGAAGAAAUUUCUGAAGCGUUCCCUGACGUAAAGCUUAUUUUCACAUGCCGGAGCAGUGAAGAUGAAUGGUUGCAAAGUUACCAACUACAGAUGAAGGCUAUUGCAGAUAAUUACUUUGUUGCUAUAUGGCCGUUUCUCUCUUGGACAGCUUACGAAAAUUUCCAAUUCAGCCACCAUACAGGAAACGCCGAGCACAUUUUCUUUGUUUCGCAAUUAUAUUCCAGGCCGCGUAGCGUUCCACAAAGAAUGAAUCAAGUUUACCAAGGUGGAAGUCCAACUGUUUUGAAAAAGAGAUACAGAGACCACAACACCAGUGUUUUACAGAGGGCACCGAAAGACCGGCUUUUAAAAAUGAAUUUGUCAGAUGGAUGGGAACCUCUGUGCAAAUUUCUUGGAAAACCUAUCCCGAACGUCCCUUUUCCACAUAAAAACAAAAAAAAGAUCGGUUAUUAG